AUGGGUGUCCUGGUGAAUGGUACCUCGGCUCUGGUCUUGGCCUCCGUGCUGACUUUGCUUGGUGGAACCUGGUCUGCUCUAGGUCAGGACCUCAGAGAGACAGAUGCUCUCUGUGGGGAGGACGGCUGCUUUGCGGUCUACUUCCAGAGAAAAACCUUCCUGGACUCAUGGAGGGCCUGCAAGAAGAGAGGGGGAAACCUGGCUACCAUCAAAAACAAAGGGGACGCUGCUGCCAUCGCCUCUCUCUUCUCAUCUGUGGACCUGCGACACUCCCGCACUAAGGUGCAGGUCUGGAUCGGCCUGCAGCGCCAGCCUCGACAAUGCACCAGCGCCCGCCCACUGAGGGGAUUUUCCUGGACCACAGGUGACCAGGACACAGAGUUUACAAACUGGCUGAGGGAGGACUCUCCCAGUACCUGCUCGGUGUCCCGCUGUGUGGUGAUGAGCUACAACACCCAGGACCACACUGAUAACUUAAAAUGGCUGGACGGAGCAUGCUCAGUGUCCGUGGAUGGGUAUCUGUGCCAUUACACCUUUAGAGGGAUGUGUACGGCUCUGUGGAGUGAGGGGGCAGGUAAUGCCCACUACACCACACCUUUUAGCUUCUUCAGCACCCUGCUGACCCAUGUGCCGUUUGGAUCUUUAGCCGCGUUGCCCUGUCCUGAAGGCAGCGAUGGGGAGCAGUCGGUCCUCUGCACAGAGAAAGAAGACGGCUCAGUGGGGUGGUCCAGAGAGCCCCCCCUCUGCUCCACCUCUGCUGAGCCACAGAACUGGUGCGAGCAGGAUAAUGGAGGGUGUGAGCAUUACUGUAAACCUGCAGGAGGUCACUUUUACUGCGAGUGUGCAGACGGCUACCAGCUCGGGGAUGAUGGUCAGUCCUGUGAACAAGCAGAUGUCUGUCAGGACGCCCCCUGUAUGUCAGAGUGCCUGUCCCUGCCAGAUGGGUACCGCUGUGCCUGUCCUGAGGGCUACAUGCUGGCAUCGGAUGAACGGAGCUGUCUGGACGUGGAUGAGUGUCUGCAGAGUCCAUGUGAGCAGAUUUGUGUGAACGCUCCGGGAACAUUUGAGUGCCAGUGUCGGGAGGGGUUCCGACCUGACAAGGCGGGAGGCUGUGAGGACGUGGAUGAGUGUGUCGGUGUGAACCCGUGUGAACAUGUCUGCGAGAACACAGCGGGCUCUUACCUCUGCCACUGUCGCCUGGGUUACUCCCCCCCACCUGAGGACCCCAGCAGAUGCCAGGAGGACGAUGAGUGCCAGAUCCCUGGGAUCUGUGAGCAGAUGUGUGUGAAUUAUGAGGGGGGGUUCGAGUGUUUCUGUGAGGAGGGGUUUGAACUCAUGGCUGAUCACUCCUCCUGUCGAAAGAUAGGAGAGGAAGACGACCAGUCCACCGCCACCCCUGCCUUUCCCUGGGGGACACAUCAGCCUAUGUGGGACCCUGAGUAUGACUGGACCCCCCAGCAGAGCCACACCAACUGGCCUCCGGAAGAGGAGCCAGCCUUGGACUGGCAGACUGACCCCCCCAGCGUCCAGGACUCUGAUGUGAUUUGGGUGACCAGCUCCCCUCAGGAGGAGCCCUUUGAUUCAGAGGAGAAGGAGGAGGGGGAGGUACAUGCAGACUCUGGGGGGGCAUACUUGCUGGAACUGGGCCAAAGAUCUGAGUCUGACCUGGAUGCUACACCCACGACCAUCCACCCCACACCUUCAUCCACCAUCAGAUCCACCUUGACCCCUGACUGGUAUGAUGAGGAUGAAGAGGAGGAGGAGGAGGAGAUGACCAUGGUCCCCACCCUCCACACCUCCACCACCUCAGGGGGAGCCUGGAACUGGUGGGAGGGGCUAACCACUUUCAGCCAGAAACCAGGAAAUCCAGAUGAUCUUGUCACAGACCUCAACACCCCGACAGAUUCCAGCAACCGCAGCGAGGAGGAUCAGCCCACCCUUGGGGAAAACCCAGAACUCCCAGCGGAGGAGCGGAGGAGGGAGGACGAGGAGAUCACACGCUCCCAGGACCCCACUGUUCCCUCUCAGCCUUCCACCAGUGCAGGAGGGGGGAAUAGGAACAAGGAGGAUCUGGAGGGCAAAGAGGAGGAGCGGGGGCCGAUGCAGAGCAGCACCUGGCUCCUGGUAGGUCUCCUGGUGCCUCUCUGCAUCUUUGUUGUGGUGAUGGUGGCUCUGGGCAUCGUGUACUGCACCCGCUGCGCUGUCCAGCCUCGAAACAAGAACACCACAGACUGCUACCACUGGAUCUCUGGAGCUCAUGACAAACAGGGAGCUGCUCACCCAUCAGCUGGGGUCAAGAGCCACGUCUGA